AUACCUCACUAGUAUAAAGGCUUGGUUUGGUCAGAUACUGCAUUGGUGGUAGUGUUCAGGAUCACUGAUGAGGAGUAGAAUUCUCCGAAACUAGUUUGGCUCAUAGACACACCCCAAUGAAAGAAUAGACCAUUCGAAGCUUUUACUUGUUCUUAAACAAAUAUUUAAACAACUCUACUUAUUCAAUUAAGUCUUCCUUUGUUAGCAACAUCCUCCAAACGCUGGCGAGUGGUGUAAUUUAAAAAAAAAGUUUCGUACCACAUGAUGUGCUCUCGGCCAAUCACUACAAAGAAUUCAUGCAAAGGCGUAGAAUAAAAAGAUUGAAUUUAAUAGACAAACGUCUAUGAGUAUCAUCAAUUUUCUGUUCCAUUCCGCACGAAUGUUCGUGCUAUGUUAUUCAUUAGUUUCUGUUGUGUAGGAAUCGCUAGCAGUUCCAGGUGUCAAACAACAGCGCUCAGAUAUAUUUCACAGAAGCCUAACUUUCCACGUCGAAUUAUUUGUUUAAAAGUGACGUGUCACGUUGAAUAAAAAAGCACAAUAAUAAUGUUUUCUACUGAUCUUAUUUUCUCAGUUUUAUAAAUCGCAUGGUACAGUCACGCGUGAAAUAUGGGAACGUGACUAUCCCUGAAGGAAUUCAGAUCCAAGUUCCUGUUUAUCAUCUUCAUCAUAGUUCUGAGUAUUGGGACAAUCCAGAAAAGUUUGAUCCCACUAGAUUUUCUCCAGAAAAUCGCUCUUCAAUCAACCCGAUGGUCUAUCAAGCUUUUGGACAAGGACCACGAAACUGUAUCGGAAUAAGAUUCGCUCAGAUGGAGGCCAAACUGGCCCUUGCUAAAUUGCUCUACUGGUUCGAGCUCACGUUAGACGAAUCACCAGAGGAAAAAUUAAGUGUUCAAAUCAACCAGCAUACCUUGACCCCUGAAAAAGGCGUCUUCGUGAAAGCUAUUCCCCGUCGUUGAUUUGCUGCCGAAGUGAGCUAUCUUGUAAAAGUUUCAAGUGCAAGAGAAUAGGCCUGAUUCUGUUUAUGCUGAGAAUGGGAAAAAAUAUGUAUACUUAUCGUAUAGAGGUUACUGUUUUUUGGUCAAUAAUCGAUAUGUAUUUUAUAUCUUGAUUUGUUUCUUUGUAGUUAAGCGCAAAGAUACACAUUUGGCUCUCUGUGUUGUGCCCAUCUUGUUAGGAUUAUAAGUCCGCAGACUUACCGCUGUGCAACAGAGGGGCGCUAUUUUGAUAAUAAAAUGUUAUUUUUUACUAGCGAGUGACAUGGUGUAUUAAAUGCUAGUUGGAUUCCAAAUAAACAUGCUUUAAUUAAUGCUGAA